GUCCGGCAGAGGCUGACGAUUCAUUGUCACUGGCUUCUUCCUCCUGCCCCCGCCAUGCUGCUGCCCAAAAGCUGGAUGCGUCGGCCACACAUGCUCCCCCUGACAGCGCCCAACCUUUGCUUUACUCCCCUGUUCGCUCCCAGUUCUUGCCACUGCUACUCCCAUCUGAUCUGACUAAAAUCACCGCCCCCCACACUGAUCUGACCGUUCCAUCCAUCCAUCCUCGCAAACCCCAGCAGCUAAUGUAAUCAACCAACCAACCAACCAACCAAAAGCCAGAGAAGAUUUGUUAGAUGAGAGAGAAAAAAAGAAGUUUUUUUUUUCAAAAAAAAAAACAGAAGACUCCAGGAGCACAUGCCGUUAUGCAGUUUCUUACACCAGUGGGCAGGGAUCGAUCAGCAGCCAGCAGGCCUCGCGGGCGGAUCGACCACGGGGGGUGAGCCGCCCGAGCGUCGUUGGGGUCGAUCUGCGCCGUCCGGUUGCGGAUCCGACGGCCAGAUGACGGCGUUCCGGUGGUGGGCACUGGGCACGCGCAUGUGGCGGGCAUGCCCAGCCAAGCCAAAGACAGCAGGCCAGUGCCGAAAACUGCACCAUCUACCACUAUUCUAUAGCCCAACUUUUAUUACUGCAACAUCAUUGAUCAUCCCCAUAGAUAAAUGCAGGCAUGAGGAGGAUUUGAGGACAGGCAUAAAAGGCAAGCCGGAACCAAAAGCCCUCACCCUUUAAUUUGCACCCUCCCCAAAUCUCCCAUCUCCAUUGCCCCUCUCCUCUCUCUCCUCUCUCCUCUCUCACUCCCUCUUCUCCACCCUCCCUUUUCCCAUCCAUGAGGAUCAGGCGGAGGCCACAGGCGUCGUCCCUGCAGCAGGCGGCGGCGGCGGCGGCAUCAGAUCUGGCCGCUUCGUCCACGGCGCCGCAGACCCCGCUGAAUGCCGCCGCGAGGAACCGUGGGUGGCUGCAGUUGGCAGGCGCGGACGAGGAUCGCGAGGCGGCGAAGCUGCUGCAUCUGCAUGCGAGUAGUAGUGCGGAUCUUGUCCUCGGGCAGAAAUCUGGAGUGGCCAGGCGCCUGGCAUUGCCGCCGCAGGACGACGACAAUGUGGUGCUGGAUUGCGCCGGCAGGAGCAGCAUGGCCAUCGGUGGUGGUGGUGCACACCAUGCCGCUGAUGAUGAUGAUGGUCGCAUGAGAUUCAGCGCGGCGAAUGGCCAUGGUGGUGGGGGCUCGGAGCACAAGGACGACGGCGGCGGCGCGACGUGCGCAGGUGGUGUCGGCGGUAGGCACGAGCCGGCUGUGAAGGCGGCGGAGGAACGGGUGACGACGACGAGCAAUGGCUUCGUGCAGCAGCCUGCGGCGUCGGCGCCGCCCGUGGUGGCUGUGGCGGCCGUCAAGGACGAGGGGAAGAAGCAGCAGCAGGCCACCACCAGCAACGGUACCAGCGCCAAGAAGCGGCGCGGCCCGGCAGUGCUGCUGGAGGGUUCGCGGUGCAGCCGCGUGAACGGGCGCGGGUGGCGGUGCAGCCAGCCCACGCUGGUGGGCUACUCGCUCUGCGAGCACCACCUCGGCAAGGGCCGCAUGCGGAGCGCGGCCGCGGCCGCCGCGGCGCGUGGCGGUGGCAACGUCGCCGGGGUAGGCCGGCUCGGGCGCACCGAGCACGGGGCCAGGGUCGCCGCCGCGGUAGGCGGCGUUGUCGCUGCCGCCGUCGCGGCGCCGACGGCCAAGGCCGAGGGCCCGAGCCUUCCGGGCUGCUAGGCGAUGCAGACGCGGAUCGGAACGGCAGGAAUUCUUUGGUUUGGAUCGGUGGUGGUGGUGGCGGAUGGCGGUCGUCGGCGAACGAUCGACGUGAUGCGAAUCGCUCGCCGCGUUUUGUGGGACUUUUGGAUGUCGGCGGUGGCAUGGCGCAGGUGCACGCACAGUGAAGCAACCCCCCGCGGCGUUGGUUGUGGGUCUCCGCUGCUGCUGCCGGGCCAGAAUUAUUGCGGCUGGCUAUAUAUAUGCAGAGAGUUUCGUGCUGCUGUGUAUCAUCGGUGCAACUACGAGGGUGUAAUAUAAAAAAUUGCGGAGGCGCUUGAAAGCGCGAGAAAAUGUAGAGGAACGGAGAACCGCAAGUUGGGUUUCAUUCAACCAAUAAUGCUACGGGCAUACCUUUUCGAAAUUACCCCA